AGAGAAGAAAGUCACGAAUCAUAAAGUUGGGUUUCUAAUAAGGUUCCCAAAUUAAUGAACACUACUAAUAAGAGUGUUGAGCAGGCAUCAGAAGCUACAAUGAGAAAAGCCCGUGUUUCGGUUCGUGCACGAUCAGAAGCUCCCAUGAUCACUGACGGAUGUCAAUGGCGCAAGUAUGGUCAAAAAAUGGCAAAAGGAAACCCGUGCCCUCGAGCUUACUACCGGUGCACCAUGGCAAUUGGUUGUCCCGUGCGCAAACAAGUUCAAAGAUGUGCGGAGGACAGAACAAUCCUAAUUACCACCUACGAGGGUACCCAUAACCAUCCGUUGCCCCCGGCUGCGAUGGCAAUGGCAUCGACCACAUCAUCAGCUGCAACGAUGCUACUUUCGGGGUCCAUGUCGAGUGGAGAUGGGCUAAUGAAUAUGAACCCUAAUUUCCUAGCAAGAGCAAUCCUUCCAUGCUCAUCAAGCAUGGCUACAAUUUCAGCAUCAGCACCAUUUCCAACAGUGACAUUAGACCUAACCAACACUCCAAACCCAUUACAGACCCAAAGAACGCCAACCCAAUUUCAAGUCCCACUUGCCUCCGGGUUUACCCGCCCGGUCCCCCAUGUGUUCGGCCAAGCCCUACAUAACCAGUCUAAAUUCUCUGGGCUCCAACUUUCUCAGGACAUGGACUCAGUUCAAGCUCCACAGAACACCUCAUUCUCCGACACUCUCAGCGCAGCCACGGCCGCCAUCACAGCUGAUCCCAACUUCACGGCAGCUCUUGCCGCCGCCAUCUCCUCCAUCAUUGGUGGUGCUCAACCAAACAACAACCACGCCAAUAACACCACCACCUCCACCUCCACCACCACUAACACCAACAACACCACAACAAGCAACAGCAACAAGAUUGGUAGUUUUCCAGGGAAUUGAAAGUGUGAUCAAAUCUUUUUAUUUCUUACCAUUUUUUUUUAGUUUCUUUUUUACAUUUUUGAGAAGGUGACAUUGUGAUUACAUGUUCAUACUUCAUAGACACAAAGUUUUAUUGCCCUGUUUUGUUUUGUUCCAACUUUGAAUAAUUAAUUUCUUAUUUUCAGUAAA